CCGUGCGUGCGCGCGCGCGCGAGAGAGAGAGAGCGAGCACACCAUCCCGGGCUCCUACUGGACCGCUCGGUCGAACGGCCGCUGACCGACAGCGAGCGGCGGCCAAUGGGGAGACGGGGGCGCCGGGCCGCUGCCAUUGUUCGGCGCGCGGCCAAUGGCGGAGCGGCGAGGGGGCGGGACUUGCCGCGGCCCGGCCCGAGACCGAGGCCCGGAGUCUCUUUGUCUCCCAGCGCAAGCCUCUGUGGCCCGGGCCCCGGGCUUGGUGCUGCAGCUGCAGCUGCUGCAAGCCAGGCAUAGGCGCCCAGGCCUUGGAGGACCGGACCGCGAGGGUGUGCGGGCGAGGAACCCCCCCCGGAGAGACAGCGGCCAGGGGCUGAGGAUCUGACGGAGGCUCUCCGGGAGCGGAGGCCGCUGCGCCGCCGCGGCAUGGAGGCGUCGAACGGCAAGCCGGCCGGCGAGGGCAAGGCGGCGGGGCGCGGCGGUCGGGCAGCGGGCGAGGGGCGCCCCCGGGAGAAGACGCACAAGUGCGGCGACUGUGGCAAGAGCUACCACACCCAGUCGGAGCUGGAGACCCACCGGCGCGGGCACACCGGCGAGCGGCCCUUCUGCUGCCCGGUCUGCGAGAAGGGCUUCACCCGCUCCUCGGACCUGCGGGUGCACCAGCGGGUGCACACCGGCGAGCGGCCCUUCGCCUGCCCGGUCUGCGAGAAGAGCUUCACCCGCUCGUCGCACCUGCUGACCCACCAGCGGGUGCACACCGGCGAGCGGCCCUACAGCUGCUCGGUCUGCGGCAAGGGCUUCACCCAGCUCUCCAACCGGCUGCGGCACCAGCGGCUGCACACCGGCGAGCGGCCCUUCACCUGCCCGGUGUGCCGCAAGGGCUUCACCGACUCCUCCACCCUGCUGCGGCACCAGCGGCUGCACACCGAGGAGCGGCCCUUCACCUGCUCGGUGUGCGGCAAGGGCUUCACCCGCUCGCCCCACCUGCUGACCCACCAGCGGGUGCACACCGGCGAGCGGCCCUUCUCCUGCUCGGUGUGCGGCCGGCGCUUCACCCAGUCCUCCCACCUGCUGACCCACCAGCACAGCCACACCGGCGAGCGGCCCUUCCGCUGCUCGGUGUGCGGCCGCGGCUUCACCCAGCUCUCCCUGCUGCUGGCCCACCAGCACCUGCACGCCGAGAACAACCCGGUCAAGUACCCGGACGGCGAGGAGCCGGGCGCCGGCGAGGAGGAGGCGGCCAGCGAGGGCAUGGCGACGCCCGCCCUGCUGCCCCCGCCGCCCCUGGGGCCCCCCCGGCCCGCCCAGGCCGGCGAGCGGCCCUUCAAGUGCUCGGUGUGCGCCAAGGCAUUCACCUGCCUCUCCCACCUGCUGCGGCACCUGCGGGUGCACAGCGGCGAGCGGCCCUUCCAGUGCACCGUCUGCGAGAAGGGCUUCACCCAGUCGUCCAGCCUGCUCACCCACCAGCGCAUCCACACCGGCGAGCGGCCCUUCUCCUGCUCGCAGUGCGGCAAGGGCUUCUCCCGCUCCUCCCACCUCCUCCGGCACCAGAGGGUGCACGUCUGACUCUUCCCGUUCCCCCCCUCCCCCACACCGGGAGCGGGCUGACUUGAGGAAAGGGGACCCGGGUUAGCUGGGGAGUCGGGGUGGGGGGGGCUGGC